GACUGUAACGUUAUUUAUUGCCCAAUUUAUGGGUAUCUGUGAUAACAAGCAUUAUUGGAAUGUUCGGACCAAUUAUGGAAUUUUGAGAAGCGAAAUGUGGCAUAAUUCUGAAAAGUGUUAACGUGGACAGUUUGAAAACCCAUCAGAUCACCUAAUGCAUUUGAAUUAAUUGUUAUUUUAUAUUUAUGGAAACGUACUGAUGAUCCUUCGAGUUCCGUAAGUCAUUAGUGAGUUAUUUGCAUUUUUUUUAGCUGGUAUAUUUUCUUGACAAAAGUCAUGGAAAGGAAAGAAAGCCCAUCUCAACUGCAGAAACAAAGUAAGAGAGCAAAGAAGACUAUGAAAGGAUUGCAGGCAGACCAGCCAUUAGAAAUACAAGGACGUUUAGAACUGACAAAACAGAUUGCCAGAAAACAGGUUUCUGAGGACAGAGAUGUUCAAGUGGAGGCGGGAGAUCUCGUACAUAAACAGAAGAGACAUUUUAAGAAUACGUCAUAUGAUAGCAAGUCACAUGAUAGAAGAGACAUUCCUAAGACACUCAUCUCAGCUCUACUGGAAGAAUUGAAUGAUGACAUAAUUGGUGAACCUACUGGAUUUGAUACAGGUAACUGUUCCACUUUGGAUCCACCUCCUACUAGUCUUCCCUCAGACAAGGUGUAUGUUGAAUGUAAGAAUGGGUUUGCUACUACACCAAGGAGAAAGAUGUUCCAUCCAUUACAUUAUACUGAAGGAGACAUUAUCAAUGUGGAAAAUUCAAAGUCUGUUGGGACACCUCUUGAACUUGCCAUACUUGUCCAGAAGUGGUGCCAUCCAUUCUACACAUUAUGUCAUGGCUUGCUUGGUGGCAUGGCAUUAUUGCAUAUAAUUCUGGUGUAUUAUGCUGGGGACUCCAACUUUGUGUACAUGUAUACACAAUAUGCCAGAAUAUAUCAAACUUUAUUCCAUGUCCUGUGUAUUUUCUGCUUCAUCUCUAUACUGGACAGAUGUGAUGCUAAACAUAUGCAUGUUCCUUACUUGGCAGACUUAUUUAGAUACCAUAUCACUACAAUUCUGGUUCUUGCUGUUUAUAUGUCCACACUUGUCUUAACCUUUGUGACAACAAAAUGGGAUGACUGGCUGGUCCUUUCACCAUACAGCACAUCAGUUAAGAAUGUUUCGGACACUGCAGAUGCAUUGAAAGUGUGGAACAACCUGAAUCUAUUUCGCAACAUUGGAGCUAUUUCAGGAUGGGUACUAACUGCUUUCUUUCCAAAUGAAGAUAUGCUGUACGUUUAUUUGUGCAAUAUGAUGAAGUACCAGACUGUAACUGCACAUGUUGUAUCAGCACGGUACUAAGUGUUGGUUAAUUUUUUCUAAUGGGUCAAUAGAAAUUGCAUAAUCAGUUUUUUAAACCUACACAAAUGAUUCAUUAGUUUGUAAUGUUCUAAUGAGAAGAAGUACGGACCAGAAGACGCAUCUGUUUGUCAACAAGCCCAAUGCACAAUUGUAAAUUAACCUUUGAAAAUAAAUGAAAUUAUCUGUAAUAUAAUAAAAUAUUAAAUUGCUAUACAUGA